CCUUAUCCCCGAGGAACUCCUCUUCACCGGCUCCCCUCUGCCAUCACCUACUUGUAUAUUACCUCAACCACAAAUCAGACCAGGUCCAAGCCAGGGAAGCAAGUAACCAUACACCUACCUUCUCCUUCGCUUCCCAAAAACAAUUCUCUCUUUCAUUCUCUGUUCUUGACAAACAAUGGAGGCGGAAAAUGAUCAAGCACAAGAAUUCAUUUUCAGGUCCAAACUCCCCGAUAUCCACAUCCCAAACCACCUCCCUUUACACACUUAUUGCUUUGAAAACCUUUCCCUAUUCAAAGACAAUCCCUGUCUGAUCAAUGGCCCUACCGGUGAAAUCCACACCUACGCGGAUGUUGAGCUCACAUCACGCAAAGUCGCUUCUGGCCUCAACAAGUUAGGCAUCAAACAAGGCGAUGUUAUUUUGCUGUUGCUCCAAAACUCGCCAGAAUUUGUGUUUGCGUUUCUCGGAGCAUCAAUUAUUGGUGCUAUUAGCACAACCGCAAACCCCUUCUACACUCCCGCUGAGGUCGCAAAGCAAGCAACAGCAUCAAAGGCAAAGCUGAUAAUAACACAGGCAGUUUACGCCGAGAAAGUGCAACAAUUCGUCAAGGAAAAUGUUCAUGUCAAAAUAGUGACCGUUGACUCUCCACCAGAAAACUACUUGCAUUUUUCAGAGUUGACAAAUUCUGAUGAGGAUGACAUUCCUGCUGUCGAGAUUAAUCCUGAUGAUGUGGUGGCACUCCCUUAUUCGUCAGGGACAACAGGUCUCCCUAAAGGUGUCAUGUUGACUCAUAAAGGCCUCGUUACUAGUGUGGCACAACAAGUUGAUGGAGAGAAUCCUAACCUCUAUUUUCACGAGAAGGAUGUGAUUCUCUGUGUGUUGCCCUUGUUCCACAUCUACUCGCUCAAUUCCGUGUUACUUUGUGGACUAAGAGUUGGUUCUGCAAUUUUGCUCAUGCAAAAAUUCGAGAUUGUUACGUUAAUGGAGCUCGUACAAAAAUAUAAGGUGACAAUUGCGCCAUUUGUCCCCCCUGUCGUCCUCGCAGUUGCAAAGUGUCAAGUCGUUGACAAGUAUGAUCUUUCUUCCAUUCGGACCGUAAUGUCUGGCGCCGCGCCAAUGGGGAAGGAGCUUGAGGAUACAGUAAGGGCUAAGCUGCCCAAUGCUAAACUUGGACAGGGAUACGGAAUGACAGAGGCAGGACCCGUGCUAUCGAUGUGCUUGGCAUUUGCAAAGGAACCCUUUGAAAUUAAAUCAGGUGCCUGUGGGACUGUUGUUAGAAACGCCGAGAUGAAGAUUGUUGACCCCGAUACCGGUAGAUCCCUGCCACGAAAUCAAGCCGGAGAGAUUUGCAUUAGAGGUAGCCAAAUCAUGAAAGGUACACGUUUCUACCAGCUAUCUCAAAGGGUUCUUGCUAGUUGUUGCAUGUCAUAAUCAAUUUUAUACGGUAGUAAAAGCUCAAUAGUUCUAAC